UCUCCACAAAAAAAUUAUACAAUAAGGCAGAGAAGGAAGAAAUGCCUCUACAUUGACAUGGAUCCAUCAUUCCACUCUUCUGCUCUAAUAAUAAAUUAAUAAUAUUCGUUUUAAUAAUGAUGGUGGUUGAUUGCAGCAGCAGUAGAAGAAGAAGAAGACGACAAGCCAAAACCAGCAGCAGCAGCAGAGCUAAGCAUAUCUAAGAGCAACGGACGCUUGUUACUUCUUUCCGGAUCAAGUCUCAAGUUGAUUGAUUGUUGUCGAGUGAUUUCAACUGGUCGAAAAAACAAAGCAAAGAGAUGAACGGGGCAGUGUUGGUAGCCAUUGCUGCCACAAUUGGAAAUUUCUUGCAGGGCUGGGAUAAUGCCACCAUUGCUGGUGCCAUUGUGUACAUUAAAAAAGAGCUUCAACUGGGAACUGCUCUAGAAGGGCUUAUUGUGGCAAUGUCACUCAUCGGCGCCACUCUUGUUACCACUUGCGUGGGGACAGUGGCGGAUUGGGUUGGUCGACGACCUAUGAUCAUUCUAGCAUCCAUGUUCUAUUUUGUCGGCGGCUUGAUAAUGUUCUGGUCGCCUAAUGUGUACGUCUUGCUUUUAGCAAGGCUCUUGGAUGGUUUUGGUGUUGGAAUAGCUGUUACUUUAGUCCCUCUAUACAUAUCCGAGACGGCGCCAUCGGAGAUUAGGGGGCGUUUGAAUACGCUUCCCCAGUUCACUGGUUCUGCCGGAAUGUUUUUGUCGUACUGCAUGAUUUUCGGAAUUUCAUUGCAGCCUUCAGCGAGCUGGCGAUUGAUGCUCGGAGUUCUUUCCAUUCCUUCUCUUUUGUACUUUGUGCUAAUGGUAAUUUACUUGCCUGAGUCUCCGCGUUGGCUAGUUAGUAAAGGGCGAAUGCUCGAGGCAAAACAAGUGUUGCAGAGGCUGCGUGGCAGGGAUGAUGUUUCAGGCGAAAUGGCAUUGUUGGUUGAAGGUCUAGCAGUUGGAGGCGACAUUUCCAUAGAAGAGUACAUGAUUGGCCCGGCAGAUGAUAUUGACGAGGAUGAGGAAACAGAAGCAGAUAAAGAACCGAUUAAGCUGUACGGGCCGGAGGAGGGGCUCUCAUGGGUUGCAAGGCCAGUUGCAGGGCAGAGCCGUCUCAGCGUUGUGUCGCGCCCCGAAAGCGUGGCGAAUCAGAACAUUCCUUUGAUGGAUCCUCUGGUGACACUGUUUGGCAGCAUGCACGACAAGCUCCCCGAAACGGGGAGCAUGCGGAGCAUGCUGUUUCCUAAUUUUGGCAGCAUGUUCAACACUGCGGAACCUGACGUUAGAAACGAAGAAUGGGAUGAGGAGAGUCAGAGAGAGGGCGACGAUUAUGAAGGUGGAGAUGCUGACUCCGAUGACAAUUUGCAGAGCCCGUUGAUCUCGCGUCAGACAACGAGCAUGGAGAAGGACAUGACCCGCCCUAAAUCCCUUGGCAGUGUCCUCAUGGAAGGACACGCCGGAGAAGCCAUAGGUAGCAUGGGUAUCGGCGGUGGAUGGCAAUUGGCAUGGAAAUGGACAGAAAGAGAAGCUGAAGACGGAACCAAAGAGGGAGGUUUCCAGAGAAUAUAUUUGCACGAGGAGGGCGUUGCCGGAUCACGGCACGGUUCUCUUGUUUCGGUACCCGCCGCAGAUGCUCCGGCAGGCGGAGAAUAUAUCCAGGCUGCAGCAUUAGUGAGCCAGCCGGCACUUUAUACCAAGGACUUGGAUCAGCGCGCAGUCGGGCCGGCUAUGGUGCAUCCAUCAGAAACUGCUUCAAAAGUGUCGAUUUUGGCCGGCCUUCUUGAACCGGGAGUUAAACGAGCAUUGAUGGUGGGGAUUGGGCUCGAAAUACUUCAACAGUUCGCCGGCAUCAAUGGAGUUCUGUAUUACACCCCACAGAUUCUUCAGCAGGCCGGCGUCUCGGUUCUUCUCUCCAAUCUCGGACUUGGUACUGACUCUGCAUCUUUUCUGAUCAGCGGGUUCACGAAUUUCUUAAUGCUACCGAGCAUCGCAGUUGCUAUGAGGUUCGUGGACAUAGCCGGUAGAAGGGCUCUGCUGCUGUCGACGAUACCUGUACUGGUAGUAACUCUGAUCGUGCUCGUAAUCGGGAAUGUUUUCGACAUCGGAAAUGUAGCUCAUGCCGUAGCCUCGACCAUCUGCGUCGUGAUUUACUUCUGCGCGUUUGUGAUGGGAUUUGGGCCGGUCCCAAACAUCCUCAUCUCGGAAAUCUUCCCUACCCGUGUUCGCGGUGUCUGCAUUGCUAUCUGCUCAUUAGUCUACUGGAUCUGCGACGUGAUUGUCACCUACUCGCUCCCUGCGAUGCUGAGUUCGAUCGGUUUAGCAGGUGUUUUCGGUAUAUAUGCUGUUGUUUGUGUCCUAGCCUGGAUUUUCGUGUUCUUGAGGGUUCCGGAGACGAAGGGCAUGCCGUUGGAGGUCAUCACCGAGUUCUUCGCCGUCGGCGCCCAACAGACUGCUCCGAAAAGCGACUAACGGCGACCGCGACAACAACGACGGCGAUGAUGUCUAGCAGGUUGGUUGUUGAUUAUUUGCAUUUUGUUCUUGAUUUGGAGUUUGUGUUAAGUGUACUUUCAGCUGCUUUUUCAGAUUUUCGCCAUUAAUGAAAAGAGGGUAUAGAAAAAAAUUUGAACU